GGAGAUCAUCCACUGUGGCUGCAUAGAGAAACAAGGAGCCCAUCGCCUGUGUCUGUGCAGUGCAGUAAGAAGUGGGCAACAACACAGACAGUUGCUUCAUCUGAAAAAAAGCGAGCGAGGGAUUCCAGGAUUAAGAAAAUAAAGAUAGAAAGGAAGGGGGGGAAAAAAGAAAAAAAAGUGAUAUAUACCACAAGAUAUCUAUCACCUAUUUUGGGUAAAUGACAGGCCCAUCUGGAGCCGGUCCAGCUGCAACAGCACCACCAGAUGCAGCAGCGGCAGCGACGGCGCCAGCUUCUUCUUCAUCACCGAACGACCAAGACCAAGGUCAAACCCAGAACCAAAGCCAAAACCAAAACCAACAUCAUAUCACCCGACCUACAUCCGACUCUUCUCGCCAAUCUCCCAUACCGACAGCCUCCGCUUUUUCGGAGCUAGGAUUGACUAACAUUCAACAACACAAUGCCGCCGACCCAUCGAUCCAACUUUUAGCAUUUUCUGACCUACCGUCCGAUCUAGUCCAGCUCAAACCUAUCCCCGCCGACAAUUACGCCAUCACCGCCGACAGCAUCAAUAAUUCUUCUACCAUCAAAGCUAAAAAUCAUCAGCCUCGUAAACCUUCUCCUGGAUUGGCUGCCCGUCUUAAGGCCCUAGGCUUCGGUACUCAGAGACAAUCAUCGCCUUCUGCCUUGACACCGAAUCACGAACACGUCGGCCGCCUACCAGAGGAUCAACUACGCUUUCUUGAUCGGAAGCACCAAGCCAAUUCAACCGAGACAGUCAUCGAACGACGCGGUCGUCCUUGGAAGGGUGCCGGUGCCCCUCUCCAGCUAUUGAGAUCUAAAUCUAGUCGCGACUCGUUUCGGAGGAAGAGCGCCGCGAGCGAGGACGAGAAGCCAUCACCGCCUCUAUCAGUUCAGGCCGAAUCAACUUCCAAGCCUGAGCUUCUACCUGAGAUAACUGAAGCACCGCCCUUGGAUAUGGACACUAACAAAUACCGAUUGCCCGACCACACGAAUGGAAAUGGCACCAAAGCGCAGCUGGAUACGCGUAGGGAACAUCUCGAGCGAGAUAUCCCUAUCCCUACCUUAGAAGUCGAAGAUCCCCAAACACCACCUCCCGUGCCAGCUAAGGACACACCGCCUGGAGGGACAGCCUCUGCCGAAUUUACAUCCGACCUACCUUCUUAUUUUAACCCGCUUGGGCUUCAACGGCCCGGGUCUAUUUACACAAUAUCUCGCGCCUCUUUUGCCAACCAACUAGCUCAACUUACCGCACUACAGCUGCCUGAUGCUGAAUUAUUGUCAAGCAAGGUUGCCGCCAUCCCUACCGCCCAGGCUGCAAAUAAGGCCUUGCUAGGUGCCGCCGAACAGAUACGGAGCUGGAUCUCGAAGGCCUCCGAGGUCAUCGGAGGUCUCGAUAGUGACGAUGAUGUGGAGUGGGCGGCGGCCGGUGGUCGAGAGGGGUAUGAAGAAGUGGAGAAUGCCAUCACGAGAUUUGAAGGACUUAUCAACGUCUACGUCACCGCAAUCGAAGAGCUCCAAAAUCGGCGAGAUAUCGCCAACGUAUCUAGCGAUGACUUACAAAAGGCGGUAACACAGAUGGAAGCUAUUAUGAGCGAAUGGAGUAAAAUCCGCUCUACUUUAAACAACGUCAAAGGCCAAGUCGAGACAGCCAUGGAAUGGGAGGAACUAUGGAACAUGGUUCUCGGCGACAUCCAAAAUGAAAUGGAUGAGUUGAGUCGAUUAAUAUUUGAAAUGGAAGAACGACGCCACAAGUCUAUAAUGGCGGUUUCUAAUGGGGAUGGAGUUGACAUUGGCGACUUGGAGACUAUCGUCGAGGAGACUCCGCCGGCCGUUAUGCGCAACAACAGAUACAGCGUUCCAUCGUUUCCACUUAGCCCCAGCUCUCCAGGAACUCCUACUCUUACCCAGGACGACUCGAGUUUACUUGCAUUAUUUGCAAGGAUGCAGCCUUUAAGGGCAUCCUUGGACUUUUUACCUAUGAGGCUGUCAGUAUUUGAGGCGAGAGCCUCUGGUGCCUUCCCAACAGCCUGUGAGGAGCUAGAAAUGAGAAGAGAAGGCUUGGAGGCUAGCUAUGUGAAGCUCGAGAAGGACGCCGAGUCCCUGAGAAAGGAGCUAGGGGAAGACAAGUGGGUUUUGGUAUUCCGUGGUGCCGGUAGGCAAGCCCAAAAGAUGAUCGAGUCUGUAGAUCGAAGCAUGGGUAAACUGCGCGAGUCUGUGGACCAGGGGUUGCAACUCUCAAGCCCUGCGGCGAUGAGCAAGAAGAUCGAAAGCUACGAGGCGAAAAAGAUGCAUUACGGGCCAGCAAUUGAGCGCGUGUUAUCCAUUAUCGAUAAAGGUGUUAAGGAUAGGCUUACCGUGAACGGUGAAGUUCUGAGGCUCCAUAACGAGUUACAGUCGAAGUGGGCAGAAGUUAGAGAGUCGAUGGCAACAAUGAGUGUCGUCUUGGAUGAGAUUCAAUCCUACAAGCAGAAUCAACAGCUGCGAGAUUCGAUUUCAAGUAUGCUGUCCAUCGACAGGUCUACCGUUGCUAGUGGCAACGAUACUCCGGGAAGUUCGCCUCCAUCGUCCGUCGUUAUGUCCAGCCUAGGCUUGGACCCGAUUACCCCGUCAUCAAAGAAUAAGAGACGUGCCACCAGUGGCGGUAGCCACCUACCUCAGCCUUCCACCGCCCGCAGAAGUAGUUCAAGUUUAGCCCCCCCACCUUCUCGACGCCCCCUCGGAUCUCGAUAUUCCACCUAUCAACCAAGCACCUCCAGCUUGAUGACGACGCCGCCCCGAAGCGGCAGCGCGACACCUAUGGCGACUCGACUUCCAAGAUCUACUUCUAAUGUUGCUGACAACCGCCCUCGAUGGAAUGCGUCCACAAACACCAACGAUUCAGACGUUGGACACAACUUCAAGCCACUCAGCCUUACUACCCCCAGCCCGUACGCUAGAAAGACCCCCACCUCAUCUUCAUCGAUAACCCCAACCUCCGGAGUUUCUAAACUCCCCCUCCGCAGUCCAUUGGGGAGGGCAACUUCGUCGUCACCGAUCCCCGAGGAUACGCCUCCUAGGAAAAGUACUUCUCGACUUUCGUUUCGCGAUCGCAUCCAUGCUGCUGCCUCCGGACAAUCUCCUGCUAAGCCUCGAUUCGUGACACAACUAUCUAAUUCUUCUUUUGAUAGUCGGAGAUCUUCACUCCAACCUCCAAGGCCGGGCAGUAGUAUCAAUGGCAAUUUUGGUGACCUAAGGCAGCGGCCGGCUAGUUCCCUGGCUACAACCAAUCGUCGCAGCAGUUUACUCCCUCAACCUAAGUCAAGGGCGGAUGAUGAAACUGGUCGCCAUAGCCCGCACGCCACAGCUGCCGCUCGCGCCGCUAUGCGAAAGGGUAAUAGUAUGACGGAGUCGAAACAGCCGAGGGAUAAUAAACCUCGUUGGCACUUUUGAGUAGCACACGCUCGCUUUAUUUUCCGAUCCGAUUUGUAGCUCACCAAGAGCAACGCGGCAGAAGGGGAUUUUGCCAUACCCCUUAUAACUCUCCUAUUUGUUAGAGGUUCGCUAGACGGACUUCGUCUCCUUGUGUUCGAUUCUACUCC